GCGAAGCGGACAACUAGAAAAUGGCAGAAUGUUCGAGGAAUGACGUAGAAUAUUCGACAGCGAGAAACGUCAAGUGGAUGAAUACUGCGAAAAGCGAGAGAAUGUGUGAUAGACGCCAGAACGUUCUAGAGUUGCCAAAAAAAUCUAGAUAGCAAAAAGGUCCCGCCGAAUAUAAAAAUUUGGCAUAUUAAUCAGCAAAACGAAGCCGAAUAAUCGGUCGGACUCUAAUACAUAGAUGGCUCCAAAUCUGAUAGGCAGCACUUUCCUUAUCGCCGAAACGGCAAUCACCAAUAAUAAUAAUGACGCUAACAACAACAAGCAGACUGCAUUAGCUAAGGGCACUUGCAAAACAGCAACAAGCAACAAUGAUCGCGUCCCGAAUCAAGGCGAGUCAGCAGCGGCCAUCAGUCGUCAAAACUCUGCCAAGCCAGUGGCGCAAACUCAGAACAAAGCAGAUACGACUACGCAGAAACCUUAUAAAAUGGAAAUCGUUUGGUUCAAUGUAUUCUUAUUUGUGUUAUUGCAUUCGAGCGCACUCUAUGGUGUAUGGUUAAUUUGGGCUGAGAACGCUUAUCUGGAAUUUGUAAUUGGCUAUUUUUAUGCCAUACUUGGCGGCUUGGGCAUCACUGCCGGUGUACAUCGUCUAUGGUCGCAUCGCGCUUACAAAGCCAAACUGCCAUUACGUAUAUUCCUUAUGCUUUGCCAAUCGCUCGCGUUCCAGAACAGCAUCUACGAAUGGUGUCGCGAUCAUCGUGUGCAUCACAAAUUCACCGAUACCAAUGCGGAUCCGCACAAUUCGGGACGUGGUUUCUUCUUUGCUCAUAUGGGUUGGUUGAUGUGCAAAAAGCAUUCCGAUGUAAGAGAACGUGGCAAAUGCAUUGAUAUGAGCGAUAUUUUGGCCGAUCCUGUAGUUCAGUUCCAGCGGAAAUACUACUUUGUUGUAAUGCCCAUUUGCUGUUUCGUCCUUCCGGCACUAUUCCCCUACUUUGUGUUGGGCUCAUCUCUCCAAGUGUGCUUCUUCGUUUGCUCAAUGCUUCGUUAUGCACUCUCGCUGCACGGCACUUGGCUGGUGAACAGCGCUGCCCACUUCUACGGCAUGAGACCAUACGAAAAGAACAUCAGUUCGGUUGAUAGCAAAUUUGUGUCGAUCAUUGCUUUUGGCGAGGGCUGGCAUAACUAUCAUCAUGUCUUCCCAUGGGACUACAAAGCGGGAGAAUUGGGAGCAUACAAGCACAAUUGGACCACAGCUUUCUUGGAUCUCAUGGCACGUAUUGGUCAAGCAUACGAUUUGAAAUCGGUGUCACAGGAAUUGAUUCUGAAACGUUUACAGCGCACCGGUGAUGGCUCGCAUUACUCUCUGCAUGACGUAAAUAACAACAAUGUGAACAUCAACCAGCUGGUGUCGAAACUCGAUCAUGAGAAAGAGGAUACCAUGAUUUGGGGUUGGGAUGAUACGGAUAUUUCCAGCGAAGAUCGUAAGGGCGCGCUAUACGAGAAUAAGGAAGAAUAGAAGCAUUUCAGUUUACAGUGCUCGUACACAGAUUCAUUUUUUUUUUGCUUUAGAAUAGGACAGUAUUUAAUUAGUAAAAUUAUACUUGGUGCCUGUUUGAAGCUUCCUAUUCUCAUGCUACCGUUAUCACACUGAACAAAUUUCAUAAAAAAAAAAAAUUCAAAAAAUAC